AGUUAAUAACAAACAGAACAUACAUUCACUCUUUGGUGUUGGGGGGCAAAUCUCAAACUGGGUUUCACCAUUUUUAAACAAGUCUAUAUGUGCCAAAUUUCUGUCCUAUCACUGGUAUAGACCAGCUUUCUGUGCCAAACUUCUGUUGUGUUAUGGGUAUAGACUGGUUUCUGAUCACUAAUACUGGUAAAAAUGUAAUGUCUGUACCUGGCCUUAAAGUGCAUGGACCACAAGAGAUCUGCUGUGCUAAAGCUGAUAAUGCCAGGCUCUGUCUGGAUGUUGACAAUCUCAAAGUGGCUUCUGAUGACUAUGCUACCAAGUAUGAAUACGAACAUGGGCUUUGCCAGAGCGCUGAGGCAGACAUCAAAAGUCUGCGUAGAAUUCUGGAUGACCUGACCCUAUGCAAGGCUGAUCUGGAGACAGAGCUUGAGUCCCUAACAGAGGAGCUCCUCUGCCUCAGGAAGAACCACGAGGAAGAAGCUAGUCCACUUCGACGUCAGCUUGGUGACCGUAUCAAUGUAGAGUUGGAUGCAGCUCCAUCAUGUGACCUGAACAAGGUCCUGGAGGAGAUAAGAUACCAGUACGAGACCUUAGUUGACAAGAACCAAUGUGAAGUUGAGGACUGGUACCACACACAGAUGGAGGAACUGAAUAAGGAGGUGAUCUCCAGUGGAGAACAGCUGCAGGGCUACCAAAAUGAGAUCAUUCAGCUAAAACACACUGUUCAGGCUCUGGAGAUCGACCUGCAGACCCAGCACAACCUGAACACUGCUCUGGAAAACACUUUGGCAGAAACAGAAACACACUACAGCCAGCAGUUAUCAGAGCUCCAGUGUCUAGUCAGCGAUGUGGAAGUACAGUUGGCUGAACUUCGAUCUGACAUAGAUCACCAAGAUGGCGAGUACAAGGUCCUUUUGGAUGCUAAGUGCCAGCUGGAUUGUGAGAUCAGCGUGUACCACAGCCUGCUGGAUGUAGAGGACUGCAGGCUACCCAACUACCCUGGUAACCCAGGCUGUGCACCCUCCAUCAGCUCAGCAGGUGGCAAACCAGUCUGGUCAGAACCAAUCCAGUCACCAGUCUUUCCUUCUGACUGCACCCCCAGCAUCCCAGCAGCAGAACCAAAUCUGAUUCAACCCUGCUGCAAUCCCUGUGCACCCACUUCUCCUCUCACUCCAGGCUGUGCAUUAGUAACUCAGAUCUCCACUCAAAUCUGUUAAAUGUGAAAAUUUUCACUAGAAGGAGUAAUAACAUGAGGCAAUAAGACAAUGUUAUGGGCUAGUGAAAGGAAAACUACAGUAGACUCAAGUCUCUAGGCUGAGAUUUUCGUAGCUGUGCCAGGGACUUGAAUGGUCAAUUAGGAAUCAAAAUCCUUUGGAUGGCUUUAGAGAUCUCAGUCCUAUCCAUUUGCAAGUGCUUAACUGCUUGCCAUGUCAACAUAUUCUUCUGCUUUCAAUGUGCCUCUUGCAGUGCAUUUUCUUCCUUCUGUUCCACCUCAGCGUCUAAAGCAGAUUGAAACCUCUUUAUUUCUUAAUAAAAAAGGUAAUUACUAUGA